AUGAACAACCGUGGAGACCACUACUCAGCGCAUCGAGCUCCUCUCACACAGCAACGGAGGCGAAGGGAUUUCAGUGACGAGGACGACAGCGCAUUGGCCUAUAAACGACAACGAACCGCCAUCGCGUGCAAUUCAUGCAAGAGUCGCAAGUCGCGUUGCAAUGGGGAACGACCGACAUGUGGCACCUGCAUCGAGCUGGGUUUCGAAUGCGUCUAUCGCGCUCCAGCCAGGGCACCGAACCCACAAGUCCGGGAGCUCCACGACGUGAAGACGCGGCUUCAGGCGCUGGAGGAGCUUCUACACACCAUCGGAUUCCAAGCGAAUCACCGCGGCGUCGGCGUUGAUCCCCAGUCUGACCAGAAUCAACCAAUCUCGCCCGAUGUCGCACCAUCCCCGUCCAUGACGGAAGCCCGGGUUGGGGAGUUCAGCCAGCAGAGCAGCACAGAAUAUGGUGUCGCCGUGGGGGAGGAUACGGUGGAUGGGAUGGGCGUCAUCACCUUCGCCGACGAGUCGGACUCGGGCCACUUCGGCGUUUCGUCCAACUCUGCUUUUUUCGGGCACAUCACCCGACUGCUCGAAUUAACGAUGACCACGUCGGCGCAGCGGGACACACCUGCACAGGCCCUGACAGCGAACCUUUCUCGACCGGCGUCUCCACCAGCGCCGCCGAGACGACGGGUGGAAAAGCCACCAAACCCGUACGUCCUGCCGGCCCGCGAAGACAUUCUCAGGAUGGUCGAGACCUACUUCUCCGUCACGGGGAUGUUCUUCCCGUUUAUCCACAAGAGAUCGGUCAUCAACAUGGUGGAGGAGCUGGACAUCACCAACUUCCGCGGCGUACGCAAGUCGUGGCUCUGCCUGUUAAAUGCAAUCAUGGCCAUAGGCAUCAGCCUGGGUGACGGGCAAGGUGUCUCGAGGAAAUAUCGAGAGAUGGAAUCAGAUGUGUAUUUCCAACGGGCACUAAUCCUCUCGCCGUGGACUUUGACGAAUACAACCAACCUGGAAACCGUACAAGCUCUGGUCGUCAUGACCAUCUACCUCCAAGGGGCCUCCCGAUCGUCCCAGACGUGGAAGCUUCAUGGUCUCCUGGUGCAGGCAGCCUACCAGCUGGGUAUCCACGCCAACGUCAAAUCUCCCAAGAUGUCUCCAUUCGAGCAAGAGAUCAGGACACGCACGUGGUACAUCUGCUUCGUGCUGGACAGAAUGAUGAGUGUAGCGUAUGGCCGCCCUCCACUGAUCCACAACAGAUAUAUCCAGGGUAACCUGCCCUUGGACAUCGACCUUGACGACACACCCGACCAUGAGGGAUCGGAUGCACUAUCGAUCCCGACACGAACCGAUUCCUCAUCAUGUUCCCUCUUCCUUGCGACCAUAAAACUAUACUGCAUCCAAGGCGACGUGAUCGAAGAGCUAUACAACCAGAACCUCGCGCCGGUCGCCGACAUGCCGCCGAACCAGCUCUUCAGUCCGAUCAUGAAGUUUGACCAGUGUCUGAGUGAGUGGCAGCGCGAACUGAACCCGGCCAUGAGCCUGGUGCCCGUGGACAAACUCAGCGCCACACAUCAUGAAGAACAGUGGAAAUACACGCGGCCGCAGACCGUGCUGACCAUCCGCUAUCUCUCCGUGCGUGUGCUGCUCUACCGCCGCGUUGUCGAGACGCUGCUCGAUACCGUCGCCAUGGGUGGCACCGCCCCCUCGGAGUACUCGUUGCCCAUCACGCAGGCGCUAGUGCAGGCGUGUAUCGACGCCGCCACCGCCAUUAUACAGAUCAUACGCGCUCUGGGAGCCAGAAAUGAUAUGCUGCCCGCGUGGUGGUUCACGGUUUAUCAUGUGUUCAAUGCCGCCUUGAUGCUCUUCGGCGUCGUGUGUCUGCAGACAUUGGGAAACGUGUCGCUCGGCACACGGCCACCGUCUGAAUUGAUUCACUGCAUGCAAAUCGCCCUCGAGGAUCUCGAUGUCAUCGGCAGAGACACACGGAUCGUGCGACGGUGCUCGAAGUAUCUCCGGAAAAUGAUCCAGAUCUCUUCGUCGCUUGUCCAGAACCGCGCGUGGAACCAAUCCCCGCGUCCGGAUGCGCCUCUCGAUCUUCCCUUCCCGCAGUACGAUAACAUGCUUUCCGUGUCGGAGGGAAGCAUCCAGUCUCCCUGGGACGCGGACUUCGGGCAGUUCUUGAUCAACGAUGACUCGAACUUCCUUGACGGAUGGGCGGAUUUGGUCGAGCCGCUGACGCGGCAGUAA